CUUUACAGCAAACCAUCCAAAAAAACUACUCUUGUCCACUCAUUCACAUUUGAGUCGUCUUGAGUCUUUGCUCUUCAUUACUUUCAUUUGCUCUCUAUCUCGUUCAAAAUUCAGCUAUUAGCUACAACUUCUUUACAAGCUUAUUUGCUUUAAGAAAAUCAAAACAAGAUGGCUGCAGCUGCAACUAUGAUAGGAGGUGCUUUUCUCUCUGCAACUCUUCAAACCUUAGUUCAGAAACUUGCCUCAACUGAGUUUCUUGAUUACAUCCGAAACACCAAGCUGGAUGUCUCCCUCUUGAGAAAGUUACAAACAACCCUGCUCACUCUUCAGGCUGUGCUGGAUGAUGCAGAAGAGAAGCAGAUCAGCACUCCCGCUGUCAAAAAUUGGCUAGAUGACUUGAAAGAUGUUGUCUUGGAUGCUGAGGAUUUGGUCAAUCAAAUAAGUUAUGACUCUCUUCGAUGCAAGAUGGAGAAUAGACAAGCUGGAAGCAGAACUAAUAAGUUGUUGAAUUUUCUUUCAUCUCCUUUCAAAAACUUCUAUAGAGAUAUGAAUUCCCAAUUGAAGAUCAUGUGUGAAACACUUGAACCUUUUGCACAACAUAAAGAUACCCUUGGAUUGCAAACAAAAACUGCUAGAGUUUCUCGAAGACCACCUUCAAGUUCAGGGGUUAAUGAAUCUGUCAUAGUGGGUAGGGAGGUUGAUAAAGAUACAAUCAUCAAUAUGCUUUUAUCAGACAGUGGCAUCAGCAAAAACAAUAACUUAGGUGUUGUUGCAAUUUUGGGUAUGGGAGGUGUCGGAAAAACAACUCUUGCACAACUGGUCUACAAUAAUGAAAAAGUUGAACAACAUUUUGAUUUCAAAGUCUGGGUUUGUGUAUCAGAGGACUUCGAUGUUGUGAGAGUAACCAAGUCUCUCCUUGAAUCUGUUGUUAGAAAUACAACAUCGGCUGCUUCAAAAGUAUGGGAAAGUGAUAACCUUGAUAUUCUUCGAGUUGAAUUAAAUAAAAUCACGAGGAAGAAAAGAUUUUUGUUUGUGCUAGAUGAUUUGUGGAAUGACAGUUACAAUGACUGGGAUGAGCUAGUAAGUCCCCUCGUUGAUGGAAAAACUGGAAGUUCGGUGAUUAUAACAACGCGUCAACAAAAAGUUGCAGAGAUGGCUAAGACAUUUCCUAUUUAUAAAUUAGACCCUCUAUCACAUGAAGAUUGUUGGUUUAUACUCUCAAAACAUGCAUUGGGAAGUGAUGGAUAUGAUGCUAGUAAAAACACUUCCCUUGAAGAGAUUGGUAGGAAGAUUGCAAGAAAGUGUGGCGGAUUGCCAAUAGCCGCGAAAACCCUAGGAGGACUUCUACGUUCAAGAGUAGACACAACCGAAUGGAUUGCAAUUUUGAAUAGCGAAGUAUGGAACUUACCGAAUGAUAACAUUAUGCCGGCUUUGCGUUUAAGUUACCAAUCUCUUCCGUCUCAUUUGAAACGAUGUUUUGCGUAUUGUUCAAUUUUUCCAAAGGAUCACCCACUUGAUAGGAAGAAAUUGGUUCUGUUGUGGAUGGCCGAAGGCUUCCUCGAUUAUUCUCAUGUGGGAAAAUUGGCGGAGGAAGCAGGUGAUGACUGCUUUGCAGAAUUGUUGUCUAGAUCCUUAAUUCAACAAUCAAAUGAUGGUGGUCGUGGAAAAUUGUUUUUCAUGCAUGACCUUAUCAACGAUUUAGCUACAUCAGUAUCUGGAAAAUUUUGCUGUCUUUUUGAAUUUGGUGACAUCUCUGAAAAGGUCCGUUACUUAUCAUAUAUUCAAGAAGAGUAUGAUAUUCUCAUGAAGUUUAGGCCUUUCUACAAUUAUAAAUGCUUGCGAAGCUUCCUACCCAUUAAUUGUGGAAGGUACUACAAUUGGUUAUCCAUCACGGUGGUUGAUGAUCUGUUACCACUAUUCAAAAGGUUGCGCAUCUUGUCGCUAUCACAGUAUAGAAACAUAACCAAGCUAUCAGAUUCAAUUGGUAAUUUGGUGCAGUUGCGGUAUCUAGAUCUUUCCAACACUGCAAUCAAAAGCUUGCCUGAUACAGUAUGUAACCUCUACAAUUUGCAAACUUUAAAUUUAUCACGUUGCCACAGUCUCACAAAAUUGCCACUGCAUAUGGGAAAUUUAAUCAGCUUACGUCACCUUGAUAUAAGUGGGACUCACAUAAAAGAGUUGCCUAUGGAAAUUGGUGAACUAGAAAACCUCCAAACUUUGACUGUUUUUUUAGUGGGUAAGCGACAUGAAGGGUUAUCUAUCAAAGAGCUAAGGAAAUUCCCAAACCUACAAGGAAAAUUUACCAUAAAAAACCUUUACAAUGUCGUUGAUGCUAAAGAGGCAGAAGAUGCCAAUCUGAAAAACAAAGAGAAAAUUGAGGAGUUGGAGUUGAAAUGGGGAAAACAAAGUGAAGAUUCACUAAAAGUGAAAGUUGUGCUCGAAAUGUUGCAACCACCAAUAAACUUGAAGAGCCUAGUCAUUGAUUUGUAUGGAGGGACAAGUUUUCCGAAUUGGUUGGGAAAUUCUUCGUUUUCUAACAUGGUGUCCAUUGGCAUUUAUAAUUGUGAAUACUGCAUGACACUUCCACCACUAGGCCAGCUACCUUCUCUCAAGAAGCUUAGU